AAAACCGGAAGAAGAAGAAGAAGAAGCGAAAGAGAAGAAGCAGCAUUUAUUUCCCGCGAUAAUUCAUUGGAUAAUCUGUUACAUUCUGUACUCAAAUAUUUUAAGUUUAUCCUUUCUCCUCUCUGACUUUGGAGUGAUUCAAUAUUUAAUUGAAUACCGGAUGUCUUCACAUUGAACGUUAUAUAUAUAACUAUUACCACACUCUUCCUCCGGCCUUCUUCUCGAAGGAGACAUGCUCCCUCAGUGAGUCUUUCAUGGCGGUCAUUAUCCGAUUCACUGCAACGACGUCUCGUAUUAUCUUCCGGAGGCCCGUGGGGAGGUUUAAGGUAGCUGGUGAUUGACUGCUACCACUGGACUCUACGACCCUCUGAGUUUAACCUUUUCCAUAAUGCACAAUCAUCUCUCUCUCUCUGAUCCGCUGCAACAAUCAACAAGUUGUUUGCAGCUGAUCGUCCUUGGUUCCAGUCUGUGAGGGGAAGAGGGAUCACGAUGAGUAAAAAGUUUCUGGUGGACGUGGACUGCGGGGUGGAUGAUGCUCAGGCCAUCAUGAUGGCACUGGCUGCCCCAAACGUGAACCUCCUGGGCAUCACCUGUGUGCACGGAAACACGACAGUGGAGAAUGUGUGCAAGAACGUACUGCGAGUUCUGCAGAACUGUAAUAAACUGGAGACUCCAGUGUUUAAAGGAGCUGCUAAGCCCAUUCUUGGUAGCAACAUUGAUGCGGGAAGCUUCCAUGGGGAGGACGGGCUGGGAGACUUUCCUGACCCCAACGCUCCUAGUCUGGACCUGAUUCAGAAGGAGGGAGCUGUGCCGGCUAUGAUCAGGAUUGUCAACGAGAACCCAGGAGAGAUAUAUCUGGUUGCCACGGCACCCCUCACCAACCUAGCUCUGGCUGUGAGGAUGGAUCCAUCUCUCCCGAGCAAACUCAAAGGGCUCUACAUCAUGGGAGGCAACACCGAAUCUCGAGGAAACACCACAGUGUGCAGCGAGUUCAAUUUCGCUGCUGAUCCAGAAGCUGCGUACAUUGUACUGAAUGACUACCAGUGUCCCACCUACUUGGCCUGCUGGGAGUUUACCUGCUACAACAAGCUGUCCUGGGAGUUUUGUGAUGCCUGGUUGGCGCAGAACACCGACAAAGCCCGCUUCAUGGCACAGAUCUUCCGCCACAGCAUCGAGGCAUCAAAAUCCGAGCGCUUCCAGAAAGAGUUUGUCGACGGCUCGGGGUUCAUUUCCUGCGACUCGUAUGCCAUGGCAGCCGCCAUAGACGAUUCAUUCAUUACAGAGAGCGAUCAUUAUCCAGUUAGCGUUGAGCUGGCAGGCAUGCACACCAGAGGCAUGAUGAUAGUAGAUACCAUUGGCUUCCUGAAGAAGACUCACAAGGCUUUUAUUAUGAAGAAGGUAGACAUGGAGAAGUUUAAGCAGAUGAUGAUGGCUGCUUUAAAAUAAAACGAAGGUAUUAGUAUUGCCGUUUUUCAUAUUAAACUUGAAAUACUGUUUCAGGCAGGCUUUUGGUAAUUUAUUUUUAAUUACAAGCGGUUUUUUUUAUAACAACACAAACACAUUCAUCCAGAAACUGCUCCAGUUUUAGUCAGUGCUGCAUUUUGCUGAUACACAUGGUAAUCCUUGUGUCAGUGUGCAUUGUUCUUUUAAUUUGGUAGUCCUUUGUUGACACACGUCCUUCAGAUGGAAUAGUAAAGCUGCACAUACGCUGACCCGUGAGCAUUGCUCUUUGAUUCAUAGUAUUUCAAGUAUUUACAACUGCUCAUCCAGUAUUCACUCAGCAGCAAUCAGACGGGUCCUCAGUAUCCUUUCCUUCCUCUGAAUCUUGACCUUGUGUCCAGCUGUCAAAAGAGGAAAUACGUUAGUCUGUAGCUCAGUUUAAAGCAUGAGUCAAAUUAAUUUUUAAACAGAGGAAAAAAGAGGAAGCUUAAACAUACCCAUGUUGACCACUUCCCACCAGUUAAUCUCAUAAAUGCAACAUCAUCACUGCGGACUUACCAUUGACCUCUUGCACUCAAAGAAUGACGUCUGCAGGCUUUUGCAGUGGCCUUCCUUCAAACACUCACUGGGCAUCUUCCCCUCCUGACAAAUGAAGAAACAAGUUAGAGUACACUGGGUGCUUUCAGGCCUGUAUUAAUGUGGGACGGUAUACAGGUCUCACUCAACUCUGCAGACAACAGCUUUUUCUUCAGAGGGUAAAUAGACAUAGCAAACUAAUCCAUUUGAGGCCUUUUAUAUUUAUAUUUAUAUAUGUAUAUAUAUAUAUAAUAUAUAUAUAAAAACAAAUAUUUCAUGUUUGCUGCUCAAUGCUAAGUUACGGUUGCAUUUCAUAGUCAAAUAUAAUUUUGAAAUUGGUGCUUUUGGUUGUUUUGUGACAAUCAGAUGGUACAAACCGAAAAUACAGGUUUUUCUAUAUAUGUAUGUAUGUAUAUAGGUAUAUAUGUACAUGCUGUAAAAAGGUUAAGCAACACUGUUUAAAUACUGAAACGAUAAAGGUUAAAUGUUGAAUUAUGAGAAACAUUUUUUACCGUUACCUCAAUAUUUCAUGACAAAUGUACUGUAAUUAGUCUUUUCUGGGUGUUUGACAUCUUCUGACUUACUUGGAACUAAUAAUUGAACAUUUAAGCUUUUCUCUUGUGUUUAAUUGUAAAAGUGUAAAAAAAAAAAUUGAAACAUUGAAAAAGACAAAUCAGCAGGUGAGGUUGAGACAGAUACACCUCCUCCUACAAUGUAAAACAUUCAAUAAUAUCAGGAACACAAAUUAAUCUGUAAUCCAAGAUUUCAAAUAUACAUGACCAUUAAAAAUGUAAAAAUAUGAUCCUGGAGGAAGAAGAAGAAGACAGUGCAUGUCUUGCUGCCCAAUACGUUUUAACCUGCCACAACCUGAGGGACAGCGAGGAACACACACACACAUAUAACUUGUGUUAAAGUGUGUUUUCUAAUUUUCUUUCUUUUUUUUUGUACUAAUUAAGUUACUAAUUUUCUAAUUAAGUUACGCUUUGAUGAUGUAACGUUAAACGUAUGUUUCCUGUGCCAAUAAAGCUGAUCUGAUUUGAACUGAAUAAUGAAUAA